AUGUAUAUAUCUAAGAAGGCUCUGAAAAAUAAUUUUGAUCCCCGUAAGACUCCAAGGGACGCGUACCUACUAUGCAGACUGCAGUGGGGUAAGACUGGCAAGCCUUGGAUACACUGGGUCAAAAAUGAGCCUUACUCAGUUCAUGCUGAGAUCUACUUCCUGGAGAAGAUCUUACAUGUGAAGAAAUACCGUAAUGAUGUCAACUGUUCCAUCACCUGGUACUUGUCCUGGAGUCCCUGUGCGAACUGCUGCUAUGAAAUAGUGGAUUUCUUACAGAGGCACUCAUAUGUGAACAUAAAGAUAUUUGUGGCACGGCUUUAUUACAUAGACAGAGAAAGAAACCGCCAAGGUCUGAGGGAUCUUAUGAACUCGGCAGGAGUAACCAUUGAUGUCAUGGACAUUGAAGGCAAGGUUUCCCAUGCUUUCUGGGUCUGGGAAGGGGUGAACUGGUGA